AUGCGUACAAACUCCGUUCUAUCGGUGCUUGGUAUCACAUUUCUUUCGAUGUCUACUGCUACCUCGGAAACCACCGAGUCGAACAUCAAAUGGACCCUGCGCAGGUACACGCCCAGCAAUGUGAGAGAAGAUCAUGACGAGGAGCGACUCUGGAGUGUCAAAGAACUUUUCGGUUUGAACAAGUUCGAGAAAAUGUUGCAAAACAACCCAGCCCAGCUGGACAACUAUCCGAUAAACAAAGUCGCGUCGAAACUGAAGAACACGAAUGACCGUGAAAAAUUGUUAAAUUAUCUCAACCAGCGAUCAAGAGCAAUUCGUGAGGCAGGCCGAGCUACUUGA